GUUACGUUCGCCAACCAUAUACUCCGUAGAUAAGAAACCGACUGAAAUCAGGUUCUGCACCACCUCAACAGAUCGACCUUAUAUAUUGGCGUACUGCCCCAGGCAAUCCAAAAAGAAAAAGAAAACACUAAGAAAAACUAGUACAACAAGAAUUCGUAGUAGGCGCACGUUCCCUACCGGCCGGCCGGCCGGGAAGAUCGGUACACGGCAACAUGGCAUCUCUUCUCUUCCGACUCGUGCGAGCCUCGUUGAAUCUGUCCAAGCAAAUACAGUACCCGGCGAGGAAGCCCCGACGCAAUCUUCCGACCGUCCUUGGCGGCGACUUCAUCAAGAGGCCGGCGCUCAAACUCAACUGCCCCAGGUACAUCAUCUCCACCAUCUGCGAAUUCGCCGUGUCGAUCGGCUUGCUAUGGACGCUGUGGUGCUACUUCACCUACGACUCGCCGCGCGUGUUUUCCGCCCGCUUGACGCCGGCGAUCCCGAGGAACGGCAGCGUAGGGGCUCCGGCCGCGAUGGCGUCCACCCGCCACCGGGCCGCCUUGGACGUCGUCCUGCACGCCAGCAACCGCCGCGCCACGGGGAGCUGCUACCACCACGGGGAGGGGGCGGUGACCUACGGCGGCUACACCGUCGCGUCGGGCCGCGCGCCCGACUUCUGCGUGCCGUGGAACGGGGCGCGCGAGGUGCCGUUCAGGCUGGCGUGGGACUGGGACGACGGCUCCGGGCUGCCCGAGAGCCUGCGCGGCCGCAUCGCGGCGGCGGAGAAGGUCGGCGCCGUGGAGUUCGAGGUCCAGGUGCGGCUACUCCGGGGAGGCGAUGCCCGCUCCGGCACCGGCACGCCGACGUGGAUGUGGUGCAAGGCGAGGAUGGGUGGCGCCGUCACGCCCUGCACCGUGUUCGCUCCGCAGAACUGGUUUUCGCCCCUCGCCUAGCCGCCUCCCUCCGGUAAUGCAGCCGUCGGUACUUCUUUUCUUUACCUCGCUAUAUACUACUCCCUCCGUUCCGUUCCAAAAUAUAAGACGAUUUCAUUAGGAAACUACGUACGGAGCAAAACGAGUGAAUUUAUACUCUAAAAUAUGUCUAUGUACAUCCGUAUAUAGUUCAUAGUGUAAUCUUUAAAAGGUCUUAUAUUUAGAAACGGAGGGAGUAGUAGUAUCAGAUUGAUAGUAGUACAAGGUUGAUAGUAAGCAUGAGACGAUAUUAUCAAUGUCCACUUCUCAAACGACCUGACGUACAAUGCUGCUAAUCCAAAGCUGUCAUCAUAAGAUAGUAGUACAAUGCUGCUAAUCUGUUUGGGUGCCAGAAAGAAAGAAUAUUGGAGAUUUUCUAAGUGAAUACAUAGCCUUUUUCUUUUUCUUUAUCUUAUGAUGACAGCUUUGGAUUGUAUAGAAAUUUCGAACAAUCGGCCCUACGUGAAUGCAAGUAUCCAUCUUCCUUAUAAAACCUUGAAGAAUUAUAGAUGGUUCUCAGAGGAAGGAAUACAUGCUAGCUAUCUGCGCGAAA